AUGGAGGAUAGAACCGAAGGUGCCACAGACCAGGGCACAGAACCUUCAGAGCCCCCCUGCCGGCCGACAAGAGCGUAUGAGUUGCUCGGGACACGGGUUGUCCUUGCAGAGGGCGAUGCGGCCCUCACAAACACGGGCUGGAGAACCUGGGCAGGUGGCUGGCUCCUUGCAAAGCAUUUCGAGGACCAGCGCUUGGAGCAGCCAAGACGUGUUCUGGACCUGCUCUGUCUGGCAGGCAUAGCGCUGGCCAAAGCUGGGCAUGAGGUCGUCCUUUGCGACUUGCCGAUGAAUGUUCAGACCAUCAAGGACAACCUGGCCAGAAAUCGUUGUGCUGAGUGUCCUCUCGUUGAACAAGCCUGUGCUGUUGGCUACACCUGGGGGAGGCCGCUGCCAAAGGAAUUGCAGCAGCCCUUUGAUGUAGUGCUAUGUGGUGAUGUCCUGUAUCAUGUCUGGAGUGGCAAGCUGCAGCACGAGUUUUUGCGAACCCUGCAGGAGAUCUGUUGCCGCAGCCGACCAGGCCCGACUAUUGUGUUUGCAGGGCAAGUGCGGAGUGGCCGGCAAGAGAAUCAGGUGACUGAGUACAUCGCCGACCACCUUGGCUACAAAGAGGUGCCAGUCUGCUUGGAUCCAACAUGGUUCCGGCAGCCUGGUCCUCUCGUCGUGGAUGCGAAAUACAGGCUGAUGCGCUUGGAGCCGCCGGAGUAG